CAUCUGUAUCUGCCAUAUGCUGCAUCACAACUCGUUCUCACCUACCCACCGUUCUCUUCUCUGGCUACUAAACCCAUAAAGCCACAAGAGGAGUAGCACCCCUGCUCUUAUUGUUAAUCGUUUUUAUCUUUAAAGCUCACAACCCAUUUCUCUUUUGAGAUAAAAGAAAACAAGAAACCAGAAAGAAAACGAUUAUGGCUUUUGAGAAGAUCAAGGUCGCCAACCCCAUCGUUGAGAUGGAUGGAGAUGAAAUGACUCGGGUUUUCUGGAAAUCAAUCAAGGACAAGCUUAUUUUCCCAUUUGUGGAGUUGGACAUAAAAUACUUUGACCUUGGCCUUCCUCAUCGAGAUGCCACAGAUGAUAAGGUUACAGUUGAAAGUGCAGAAGCUACUCUCAAGUACAAUGUAGCAAUCAAGUGUGCAACGAUAACUCCAGAUGAAGCUCGUGUGAAGGAGUUUAACUUGAAGCAGAUGUGGAAGAGUCCAAAUGGGACGAUUAGGAAUAUUUUAAAUGGCACUGUUUUCAGAGAGCCAAUCAUUUGCAAGAAUGUCCCACGGCUUGUCCCAGGUUGGACAAAGCCAAUUUGCAUUGGAAGGCAUGCUUUUGGUGAUCAAUAUAAAGCAACUGAUACAGUUAUUAAAGGAGCUGGAAAACUCAAAUUAGUGUUUGUGCCUGAAGGACAGGAUGAGAAGACAGAGUUAGAGGUUUUCAAUUUUACUGGUGCUGGUGGGGUGGCAUUGUCCAUGUACAACACUGAUGAGUCCAUCCGUGCAUUUGCUGAGGCUUCCAUGAACACUGCAUAUGAAAAAAAAUGGCCACUUUAUCUUAGCACAAAAAAUACCAUCCUUAAGAAGUAUGAUGGAAGAUUCAAGGACAUCUUCCAGGAAGUCUAUGAGGCCAACUGGAAAUCAAAGUUUGAGGCUGCUGGGAUAUGGUAUGAACAUCGGCUUAUUGAUGAUAUGGUGGCUUAUGCUCUCAAGAGUGAAGGUGGUUAUGUAUGGGCAUGCAAGAACUAUGAUGGAGAUGUGCAGAGUGAUUUCUUAGCCCAAGGUUUUGGAUCACUUGGAUUGAUGACAUCUGUACUGGUUUGCCCAGAUGGAAAGACUAUUGAAGCAGAGGCAGCCCAUGGUACAGUUACCCGACAUUACAGGGUUCAUCAGAAGGGUGGUGAAACCAGCACCAACAGUAUAGCUUCCAUCUUUGCUUGGUCACGAGGUCUUGCACACAGGGCUAAGUUGGACGACAAUGCUAGACUCUUGGAUUUCACCCAGAAGCUUGAAGCAGCUUGUGUUGGAGUAGUGGAGUCUGGCAAGAUGACAAAGGAUCUCGCAUUGCUUAUUCAUGGAUCCAAGCUUAGUCGAGACCAGUAUCUGAAUACCGAAGAGUUCAUUGAUGCUGUGGCAGCAGAGCUGGCAGCAAGACUCGGUAUCAAAGCAUAAUUGAUAUUGAUAGUGGACAUGAAGAAUGAAGAAAACCGCUUUACUGGGGAAGAAAUAAAAAACAGAGGAGAAAAAGAAAGGCAAGGCGCGAGGGCUAAGUUUUUGUUUCUCCUAUUUGCUUAAGCAGACUCCUCAUAUUUGAUUAAAUUCUAUCAUUUUCAAUUACAUUUUUUCCUGGGCACAUUAAGCUCUAUUUUAAUUCAAGAUGGUUUUAAUUUAUUUCCGUUGAUUUGUAUGCUAUAGAAUUGGAUUUCUCAUCA